GGCUGCGUGUUAUUCUGCUGCCGGGAGAGCAUAAUGGAGGCCGGGCAGUGGAGUCGCUGAGGUCUCUCCGCCAGUCCUGGUCCCACCACGGUGCCUUCUCUUGGUGCUGGUCUACUUCUCUGAGCAGAUCUCUCAAAGCUCCCCCAAAGCGCAGAGGACAGCACAUCCUCGGCUGCAUCCUUCCAGCCGUGCCUGUUAAUGGCAGCGCAAAAGGGACUCUUGGAUGGUUUCUGUCCAGCUCACUCAGCGCAUAUUUAUGAGAAAGGAAGGAAAGUGAGAGCUGCUACCUAACAAGCUCUUAGAGAAGUCUCAGACUUUUCCUAAAGGGAUUUUCUUUCUUGGUGCAUAGCUAACAAACAGCAAUGAAAACUCAGCCCUACAGUUCUUCUGUUACUCAGAGAGCUUGUGGACAAAUGCAUAGGCUCCCGCAUUCAUAUUGUGAUGAAGAGUGAUAAAGAAAUUGUUGGAACACUUCUAGGAUUUGAUGACUUUGUCAAUAUGGUGUUAGAAGAUGUUACAGAAUUUGAGAUUACACCUGAGGGCAGAAGAAUCACAAAACUGGACCAGAUACUGUUAAAUGGAAAUAACAUAACAAUGCUGGUUCCUGGAGGAGAAGGACCUGAAGUAUAAAUGGAUACAGUUGUCAUCUGUGAAGACAUAUAUAUAUAUAUAUGUAUAGAAUAUAAUAUAAAUAGAGCUUUUGGGAUAUGGGUGUGUUUGUUGGUUAUUUAUUUUGUUUACGCACUCUUGCAGUUGAUAUUUGAUAACAGAGAGUGAUUUCCUCUUCAGGAAAGGUGCACUGCUAAUGAUGAUGCUGACUUCGUAAGUUGAAAUCAUUACUUUUUUGUAAAGAUGCACAAAUCUCUCCUGAAUAAAAGACUUUCUUUUUAUUA